GUCUCGCUCAGCUCGCCCAGAAGAAUGGCUCCAAACGCCAUGCGCAAGGUCAAGAAAGUUUUACUGGUAGUUGGCAUGAUUGCCUCUACCAUACUCGGUGAGUAUCCUCAUCAGGCGGCCGCCGCCCGAUUUUCUGCACGCCGUCCUCCACCAGGACCAGGACGUCUACCACCACCAGUCCCUGGUGGCCCUAGAGUCGGAGGAAAACCAAGACCGGAGUUCGAUUUGCCCCCGGUGUGUUCCGUUGGAUUUCCGUGCUCUGCCUCUGAGCCGGAGUCGAACCACACCACAUUCUCCUGCGAGCUGGAGAACCGGAUGGGGGACACCAUCUGGUUCCAAUGUGAUGGAGAUUUAUUCUACUUCUCGGUGGGUAGUGGCCAGAGCAUCGGCCGCCUCUACAACGACGUCCAAGACCUGGGGCCACGUAACAAGGUGUCCUGCGCCUGGGCCUUCCAGGAAAACUACAAGAGCAGCGUCCCGGCAUGGGACGGCAACUGGCCGGAGGCUUCCUCCUGCCGGGUCGACGACGCCAGCGGCGCAGACGGCCAGUGCCGUCUUCUCUUCGAGAACCGCGAGGUUGCUCUGCUCACUGCCACCGGCGGCCGCCGCGUUCUCGGGGGCUUGCUGCUGAAGAACUGCACUACCCCAACCCCAUGGUACGCGUGGCUGUUCCCCUGGACCGAUCCCUGCACCACGUACCUCGACAACACCACCCGCCCGUACGUCGGCAACAUACAGCCCUCGUGGGCGGCAGCCGUCUUCAACAUGGAUAACUGAUCGACGCGACACCGGUACCUCCCACCCACUUCGCGCAGGCUGGUGACAAAUAAUCUCUCUCUCUCUCCCUCUCUCUCUCUCUCUCUCUCUCUGGUUAUAUAUAUAUAUAUAUCAUCAUGGACAUGGAAUGAUGAGUGCUGUGCUACAAACUCUACAUACAUAUAGCUGCUCAUCAUCUCAACCCCUCAUCAUUCCGUAUAUAUGUGUGUAAUGAAUAAAACGACGAUCGACUCUUGUGGUUCAAUUCGAUCGUCUCAGUGCCUUAACUAUAAUCUCUCUCUCUUUCUCUCUCCCUCUGUAUGUAGCCUUAAUUUGGUUUGUUCAUCAUGUCUCUUAAUUUGCAUGCUGUCGCCAUGUUAGGCUCUCAA